UGCUUAGAUGGCAGCCCUGCAGGUUACCACUUUUUUGAGGGAUUUGGAAAUGGUGCCAGUAGUUGGCUCAUUUAUCUUCCGGGAGGAGGAUGGUGCAGCUCAAAGGAAAACUGCCAAGAUAGAGCACUAACACCUAUUGGGAGCACCAUUAACAUUACUACACAUGAAUUUGCUGGGAUAUUAGGCCCAAAUCAAAUCAUGAAUCCUGAUUUUUACAACUGGAAUAAAGUUUACGUCCGAUAUUGCGAUGGCUCGUCGUUUAUAGGUGAUGUCGAAGCAAUUGAGCCGGGAACCAACCUCCAUUAUAGAGGUUCAAGGAUUUUUAGUGCAGUAAUAGAAGAAAUACUAGCGAAGGGAAUGAAAAAUGCAGAAAAUAUUAUACUUACCGGUAACUCGGCCGGAGGACUAGCAACUAUUUUGAAUUGCGACCGGUUUAAAGCAAUGGUACCAACCGCUGCCCGAACAAAAUGCAUUGCAGAUUCCGGUUUCUUCAUCAUCGCAAAAGAUCUCCCAAAUGCCGAUGAAAGAAUAUCGCAUUAUAAAGACGGAGUCGCAAAGUUUCUGCCAUCAUAUUGCACCUCAAGAAUGGCUACAGAAUUAUGUUUUUUCCCCGAGAAUUUGGUUGGAGGUGUUCAGACCCCACUCUUCCUGCUGAAUUCUGCUUUCGAUUAUUAUCAGAUAGCUAAAACUUUGAAACCUUAUCCUGGGGACAAGCCUGGCUGGGCGAGUUGCACAAAUGAAACACAAACUUGCACACCUCGUCAUUUUCAUGUCAUAAAGGAUUUUAAGAAUGCAUUCCUGAAGGCAGUGGAAGAUAUUAGUGAUUCACCAUCAAGAGGAUUAUUUAUAAACUCUUGCUACAUUCAUGAUUUCCUUUGGGCAAAUGAUAGAUGGAAUUCUGAUAGAUCACCAAAGUUGGAAAAUAAGAACGUUGCACAGGCCGUUGGCAAUUGGUAUUUUGAUCGGAGUAUUGUCAAAAUGAUUGACACCCAAUCAGAAUAUCCAAUUGAAUGUCAUCUAGCUAAUGACAGAUUUUGAUGAUCAUUGCCAAAUAAAAAAAAAAAAAA